AAACGCUCAAAUCCCUCCCACCUGACUUUUUCUCUCACUUUCUCGUGAAAAAAUAAACAUAUCAGCUCCCUAAUAAAAGAUAACAAAUGGCUGGAAGUCUUGGGAAAUGCAGCAAGAUCCGCCACAUUGUGAGGCUCAGGCAAAUGCUAAGGCGAUGGCGCAACAAAGCUCGGUUAUCUUCUUCAGUCAGCCGUUGUGUGCCGUCCGAUGUUCCGUCUGGACACGUGGCAGUUUGCGUGGGUAGCGAGCGCAGGAGAUUCGUGGUGCGCGCGUCGUACCUGAACCAUCCGAUCCUGAGCAACCUCCUUGUCCAAGCUGAGGAGGAGUACGGUUUCGUGAACCAGGGACCGUUGGUUAUCCCUUGCGAAGACUCGGUUUUCGAGGAAGCCAUCCGGUUCAUUUCUCGGUCUGAUUCUUCCCGGUCGAACCGGUUUACUUGUCCUGAAGAUAUCCAGAAAUGCCACGGAGGAGUCAAGAGCAAGCUAGAUCUGUUGAUCGAAUCUCAUCCGUUGCUUCAUUACGGCGUCGCCGAGAAAGCCGUUUGGUGAGGAGUGUUGUUCCGUACGAUUUCUGAACCGGUUUGGUUUGACUCGGAACGAGUUUGAUCGCCAUGCGAAGGAAGAAGACGAAUUUUCGAAUAAAUCGUCAUUGAGCCGGCCGGCUUGCCACCGAGUCGGGUGGUGCUAAUUAAUGUUUUAACUUUUUUUAUUUAAAUAUUUAAUUAUUGGGGCCUGGGGUUUUAAUCUGGUGGCGAGUUACUCACUGAGUCAAGACAGACGAGGAUGUGGGUAGAAAAGGAGAUGGCGGUUAAAAGGUGGGUGAGUCGUUCCACCGAGUCAUCCCGGGUUCGAAUCCGAGUUCAAAGAUUGUAAAUGUAAAUAAGAAGAUAUAAGAUGAACAUUUUGAAUCA